UUAAUGUUUUGAAUUUAAUUGAGUACACUUAGUCCUUUGAUGGAUUUUCUUGAUGUUUGUGCAGGGUCAUGAGUAUACUCUAAUGCUGAAUGAAGCCUAUGAAGUGCUGAUAAAAGAUAAUCUUAGGAGAGAUUAUGAUGCUUCCAUUGGUCCAAUGAACGUACAAUUUGGAAGGAAUGUGUCGGGUUAUAGCUCUUGGAAAGGGCCUUUGAGACCCCAAGCUUUAUUUGUUGAUGCAAACGCAUGCAUAGGUUGCAGAGAAUGUGUGCACCAUGCAAGCAACACAUUUGUAAUGGAUGAAGCUCAUGGAUGUGCGCGAGUUAGAGUUCAAUAUGGAGACGAUGAUCAAAAAAUCAAUGUUUCAGUUGAUUCAUGCCCAGUGAACUGCAUCCAUUGGGUGGAUAGGGAAGAGUUAGCAGUGCUUGAAUUCUUGAUACAACCUCAGCCAAAGGAAGGGUAUGGUGUAUUCGGAGGAGGUUGGGAAAGACCUGCAAAUGUGUUUGUGGCAGCUAAGGCUUUCAACAAGCAGUUAAAACAGCAAGCUGAGGCUCAAGGCCGACAGAGAAAUGGGAGAGUGACAGUUGAAGAAGAGACCCCUGAUCAAGCAGAGGCUAAGCCAACGCUGCCAUGA